AUGGAGGACGCCGACGAGCUGGGGUUGAACGUGCCGCGCUCCUACCUGGACCGAGGCCAUCCCUACGUGGUCGCCAACCGCUCCGUUCGCUUCGUGUGCGCCUGCAACUACGCCGCGUACAGCGCGCUCGUCAUCGUCGUCACCGUGCUGGGCAUGGCCGUCGUCAGCUACCUGAUCGUGCCGGGACGAACAGGCGUCGGGUACACGCACCUGCGAUUCAACUUCACCGACGAAUCGCCCGAAGGAUUCACCGGCUCGGAUUUCUCCUGCACCGGCAAAGCCGAUGAAACAACGGUCGUCCAAGAGAGCGAUCUGUGUGGCUCGCUCGAGUGCAACCACGAAGCGGUGCGCAUCGUCGGCUCGCUCAACGCGUCCGUGAACCCAUGCGACGACUUCUACGCCUACGUGUGCUCCGUCUGGAUGGACAAACACCGUCCCACCAAGGACCAGGACAGGCGAUCCGUGGACGACGACAUCCUGGACAAUUACUCUCGGUUCCUCGUCAGCGUACUGGGUCGCACCAACGCCGAGGCGCCCGCAGCCAAGAUCCUGUUUGACACGUGUGUCGAACCACCCGCUUCCCUGUUCAGAGACAUCGUCACCACCUUCUUCUACAUGGUCGGUCUGCAGCACUGGCCUUACUCACCUUCGGAUAGAAUCCUAGCCGUGGAUGUCGCCUCAAAGGUUGGCACCCUUUACCGUCUCUUGGGACUGGACAGCCUCUUUCAUCUCUCCGCCGUUGAGGAUCCGGAAGACAAGCACACGUUCAUGUCCAUCGGUGAACCUGAGCUCGUGUCGGGCGCCAUAGAAGGGUCCUCCAUCUCCGAUUUCGCCUUUUUGGCCGAAGCUCACGAUACGCUCAUGUCGUACCUGGGCAGGCCCUUGUCGACGAACAUCGCUGCGGUGGAGGCAGACCUGGCGCGACGCAUGGCUCCACAAAGGGCUCCCGGUUGCUUCGAGCUCCUGAGCCAGUGCACGACCAUGCACCUGGACCAGCUGCCGGAGUCCCGCAUGGUACACUGGAUGCUCUUAGCAGAGGAGGCCUUCGGCGACCGCAUCGCGGCAACCAACCGGUUCGUCAAGAUGCCCAACUACGAGUACCUGCUGAGCUUCGGCAGUGACGUGCAGCAGAACCUGCGGAAGCCGGACCUCCUUAACUACCUGGCUUUCCGAGUCUGCAUGGCGCUCUCACCACUUAUCGCCAACGCCACCGUGCGACACCGGCUUGCAUCCAUCGCGUACGGCCGCAAUCCUCGCGCUGCCCAGCCACUGCUUCCCGAGCACUACUGCGUGCGGCUCAUGGACCGCUUCGAAGCACCACUCGUCAUGGCAUUGGCCUACGACCGUUCCGUAGCCAGGAUAUCUUGGGACGUCGUGCAGGAGCUCGUGCUGGGUCACCUCAACGCCACUAUGUCCAGACACAUCGACUAUGGUUUCUCACGCUGGUUUAUGCGCGAGUUCGCUGAUCACGUGUCCCGCCAGCUGGCGCGCGUCUCCUGGGAGCCCCUGGUGCCGAAGAGGUUUUUCGACAAGGAGUACCGGAGCAAGUACCUGAGCGGCCUUUACAAUGAGAACUCCAGUAGACCACAACUCCCUUCCUUUUUCUACUUUUGGCUUCAACGGGCCGUCAAGAGGGCGCGCGGAACCCUGGAGACCUCGGAAGAAGACCUCAGGGCUGGCUGGAACAAGGGCUCUCUGAGCGCGUGGCCACAACUGGGUGCUCCAUUCAGACACCUGGAGAUUCCGUUGCCGGUGUUCGACUUCGGCAUGCCGAUCGAACGCAGGCUGAGGAAGUUUCACAUCGCCCGUGUCGGCACGCGCGUCUACUGGAGCCUCUUCAAGUACAUCUACUUCCUGGCUUACGGUUUCUACCUGAACACCACGUGGUCCGACCCGGCUUCCGUGUUCGAAAACCUGCGCGGCUGUCUCCAGAAAGACUACGCCCGCAUGAGUGCUUCGGCAGGCCGCACAUCGCCCCACACGAUACUCCUGUUCGAGAGGACUUCGACCGCUGACAUGCUGGACGUGUUGGCCGUCGGCCUGGCCUACCAGUCCUUCGAGGAGUACAUGCUCAAGGAGGUCUCUAACUUCCGCUUCAAGGAGGCACGCCAGUUCUCGCCCGAACAGUUGUUUUUCAUCUACUACGGCCUGAGCCACUGCGAGAAUGCCAACCCACUCUUCGCGAGCAGCCAACGGGAGAGUGACGUCAGCUCAGCGUGGGCCCGCGUCAACGGACCCCUGAGGCACGUGGCUGAAUUCGCGGCUGCCUUCCGCUGCCCUCUGGGUUCGUUUAUGAAUCCGCACGAAAAGUGCAAACUCGACGAAAUCAGCACCAUCAUGCGCCAGCCUUAA